UUUUUCUCCUCCGAGUGAGACGGCGGCGCGGUCGGAGGGGGCCGGCGCGCAGAGCCAGACGCCGCCGCUUGUUUUGGUUGGGGCUCUCGGCAACUCUCCGAGGAGGAGGAGGAGGAGAAGGAGGGGAGAAGUAACUGCAGCGGCAGCGCCUCGCGGGGAACAGGCGUCUUCCCGAAUCCUUCCCAAACCUCCCCCUCGCCUCCCGCCCUUGUCCCCUCCCCUCCUCCCCUGCCGACUGGAGCGAGGGGCAGGGAUGAGCCUGUCCCUCCGGCCUGUCCCCGGCUCCCCGGUAACGUUUCGCGUGGAAAAGCCACUUUCUCCGCCCGCCGAGAUGGGCCCGAAUGGGGGCUGCAGAGGACGCGCCCGCGGGCGGCGACAGCAGCAGCAGCAGCAACAGCCGCAGCGCCGCGGUCUCUGCGAUUGAGCUGGUAUUUGGGCGGCUGGUGGCGGCGGGGACGGUUGGGGGGUGGGAGGAGGCGGAGGAGGAGGCGAAGGAGGAGGCGGGAGAACCCCGUGCAACGUUGGGACUUGGCAGCCCGCCUCCCCCUGCCCAAGGAUAUUUAAUUUGCCUCGGGAAUCGCUACUUCCAGAGGGGAACUCAGGAGGGAAGGCGCGCGCGCGCCUGAAGGGGCAACGCAGGGACCCCGGGCCGGCGCCGCCUCCCUGCGCUGGACUCCCGCCGGGGCAGCGAGAGAUGCAUCUUCGCUCCUUCCCCACCACGGCGGCUGAGAGGAGACCUGGCCCCCGGAGGAUCGCGGCUGCACUCACCCCGGACGCACUGCCUCCCCCCCGGGCGUGAAACGCCCGUGAACUCCGCUCAGGCUAUCUCGGCGCAGCUGCUGCGUCUUCCUCUGGCUGCCCCUCCCCGGCGCGGGGGGCGGCGUGGAUUUCGGAGUCGGGGUUUCUGCGACUUCCAGCCCUGUUUGCAUGUGCGAGGCCGCAGCGAGGAGCCUCCGCCCCCUACCCAGUUGUUUUUCGGCGCCUCCCUCUGCUCGGCGGCGGUGGCGGCGGCAGCAUGGCGAGCCCUCCGGAGACCGACGGCUUCUCGGACGUGCGCAAGGUGGGCUACCUGCGCAAACCCAAGAGCAUGCACAAGCGCUUCUUCGUGCUGCGGGCGGCCAGCGAGGCUGGGGGCCCAGCUCGCCUGGAGUACUACGAGAACGAGAAGAAGUGGCGGCACAAGUCGAGCGCCCCCAAACGCUCGAUCCCCCUUGAGAGCUGCUUCAACAUCAACAAGCGGGCUGACUCCAAGAACAAGCACCUGGUGGCUCUCUAUACCCGGGACGAGCACUUUGCCAUCGCCGCGGACAGCGAGGCCGAGCAAGACAGCUGGUACCAGGCUCUCCUGCAGCUGCACAACCGUGCCAAGGGCCACCACGAUGGGGCUGCAGCCCCCGGGGUGGGGGGCGGCGGGGGCAGCUGCAGCGGCAGCUCUGGCCUGGGCGAGGCUGGGGAGGACUUGAGCUACGGGGAUGCGCCCCCAGGACCCGCCUUCAAAGAGGUCUGGCAGGUGAUCCUGAAGCCCAAGGGCCUGGGUCAGACAAAGAACCUGAUUGGCAUCUACCGCCUCUGCCUGACCAGCAAGACCAUUAGCUUCGUGAAGCUGAACUCGGAGGCAGCGGCCGUGGUGCUGCAGCUAAUGAACAUCAGGCGCUGCGGCCACUCGGAGAACUUCUUCUUCAUCGAGGUGGGCCGUUCCGCCGUGACGGGGCCCGGGGAGUUCUGGAUGCAGGUGGAUGACUCGGUGGUGGCCCAGAACAUGCACGAGACCAUCCUGGAGGCCAUGCGGGCCAUGAGUGAUGAGUUUCGCCCUCGCAGCAAGAGCCAGUCCUCAUCCAACUGCUCCAACCCCAUCAGCGUCCCCCUGCGCAGGCACCAUCUCAACAACCCCCCGCCCAGCCAGGUGGGGCUGACCCGCCGAUCGCGCACGGAGAGCAUCACCGCCACCUCUCCAGCCAGCAUGGUGGGCGGGAAGCCAGGUUCCUUUCGCGUCCGCGCCUCCAGCGACGGGGAAGGCACCAUGUCCCGCCCGGCCUCUGUGGACGGCAGCCCUGUGAGUCCUAGCACCAACAGGACCCACGCCCACCGGCAUCGGGGCAGCGCCCGGCUGCACCCCCCGCUCAACCACAGCCGCUCUAUCCCCAUGCCUUCUUCUCGCUGCUCGCCUUCGGCCACCAGCCCCGUGAGUCUGUCGUCCAGCAGCACCAGUGGCCACGGCUCCACCUCAGACUGUCUGUUCCCACGGCGGUCUAGUGCUUCUGUGUCCGGGUCCCCCAGCGACGGCGGUUUUAUCUCCUCUGAUGAGUAUGGCUCCAGUCCCUGCGAUUUCCGAAGUUCUUUCCGCAGUGUCACUCCAGAUUCCCUGGGCCACACCCCACCGGCCCGUGGUGAAGAGGAGCUGAGCAACUAUAUCUGCAUGGGCGGCAAGGGGGCCUCCACCCUGACCGCCCCCAACGGUCACUACAUUUUGUCUCGGAGUGGCAAUGGCCACCGCUACAUCCCAGGAGCUGGCUUGGGCACCAGUCCAGCCUUGGCUGGGGAUGAAGCAGCCAGUGCUGCAGAUCUGGAUAAUCGGUUCCGAAAGAGAACUCACUCGGCAGGCACAUCCCCUACCAUUUCCCACCAGAAGACCCCGUCCCAGUCCUCAGUGGCUUCCAUUGAGGAGUAUACAGAGAUGAUGCCUGCCUACCCACCAGGAGGUGGCAGUGGAGGCCGACUGCCGGGCCACCGGCACUCCGCCUUCGUACCCACCCACUCCUACCCGGAGGAGGGUCUGGAAAUGCACCCCUUGGAGCCUCAGGGUGGCCACCACCGCCCAGAUACCUCCACCCUCCACACCGACGAUGGCUAUAUGCCCAUGUCCCCGGGGGUGGCCCCAGUGCCCGGCAGCAGAAAGGGCAGUGGAGACUAUAUGCCCAUGAGCCCCAAGAGCGUGUCUGCCCCCCAGCAGAUCAUCAACCCCAUCAGACGCCAUCCCCAGAGAGUGGACCCCAAUGGCUACAUGAUGAUGUCCCCCAGCGGCAGCUGCUCCCCUGACCUUGGAGGUGGGCCCAGCAGCAGCAGCAGUGCUGCCCCCUCUGGGAGCAGCUAUGGGAAGCUUUGGACAAAUGGUGUAGGGAGCCACCACUCUCCAGCCCUGCCCCACCCCAAGCCCCCCGUGGAGAGCAGUGGUGGCAAGCUCUUGCCUUGCACAGGUGACUACAUGAACAUGUCGCCAGUGGGGGACUCCAAUACCAGCAGCCCCUCCGGCUGCUACUAUGGCCCUGAGUACCCCCAGCAAAAGCCAGUCCUUUCCUACUACUCAUUGCCAAGGUCCUUUAAGCACACCCAGCGUCCUGGGGAGCCGGAGGAGGGUGCCCGGCACCACCACCUCCGCCUUUCCUCUAGCUCUGGUCGCCUUCUCUAUGCAGCAACAGCAGAAGAUUCUUCCUCCUCCACCAGCAGCGACAGCCUUGGUGGGGGAUACUGUGGGGCUAGGCUGGAGCCUGGUCUCCCGCAUGCCCACCAUCAGGUCCUGCAGCCCCAUCUGCCUCGGAAAGUGGACACAGCUGCCCAGACCAACAGCCGCCUGGCUCGGCCCACGAGGCUAUCCCUGGGGGAUCCCAAGGCCAGCACCUUACCUCGGGCCCGAGAGCAGCAGCAGCCCCUGCUACACCCUCCAGAGCCCAAAAGCCCAGGGGAAUAUGUGAAUAUUGAAUUUGGGAGUGAUCAGCCUGGCUAUUUAUCUGGCCCCAUGGCUUCCCACAGCUCGCCUUCGGUCAGGUGUCCAUCCCAGCUCCAGCCAACUCCCAGAGAGGAAGAGACUGGCACUGAGGAGUACAUGAAAAUGGACCUGGGGCCGGGCCGGAGGGCAGCCUGGCCGGAGAGCUCCAGGGUUGAGAUGGGCAGAGUGGGCCCCACACCUCCCGGGGCUACUAGUGUUUGCAGGCCCACCCGGGCAGUGCCCAGCAGCCGGGGUGACUACAUGACCAUGCAGAUGGGUUGUCCCCGUCAGAGCUAUGUGGACACCUCCCCGGUUGCCCCUGUCAGCUAUGCCGACAUGCGGACAGGCAUGGCUGCACAGGAGGUGAGCCUGCCCAGGGCUGCCACGGCUGCUCCCUCCUCAUCCUCAGCAGCCUCUGCUUCUCCUGCUGCACCUCAAGGGACAGCCGAGCUGGCUGCCCGAUCAUCCCUGCUAGGGGGCCCGCAGGGACCCGGGGGCAUGAGUGCCUUCACCCGGGUGAACCUCAGUCCCAACCGCAACCAGAGUGCCAAAGUGAUCCGUGCAGACCCACAAGGGUGCCGGAGGAGGCAUAGCUCCGAGACCUUCUCCUCCACACCUAGUGCCACCCGGGUGGGCAACACAGUGCCCUUCGGAGGGGGGGCUGCAGCAGGGGCUAGCAGCGGAGGCGGCAGCAGCAGUGAGGAUGUGAAACGCCACAGCUCUGCUUCCUUUGAGAAUGUGUGGCUGAAGCCUGGGGAGCUUGGGGAAGCCCCCAAGGAGUCAGCCCAAGUGUGUGGAGCUGCCGGGGGUUUGGAGAAUGGUCUUAACUAUAUAGACCUGGAUUUGGUCAAGGACUUCAAGCAGCGCCCUCAGGAGCGCACCCCUCAACCGCAGCCUCCCCCACCAACGCCCCCUCAUCAGCCCCUGGGCAGCGGCGAGAGCAGCUCCACCCGCCGCUCCAGUGAGGAUUUAAGCGCCUAUGCCAGCAUCAGUUUCCAGAAGCAGCCAGAGGACCGCCAGUAGCUCAACUGGACAUCACAGCAGAAUGAAGACCUAAAUGACCUCAGCAAAUCCUCCUCUAACUCAUGGGUACCCAGACUCUAAGUAUUUCAUGAUUCACAACUAGGACCUCAUGCCUUUCUCCUCAGUAGAUGGUACGAUGCAUCCAUUUCAGUUUGUUUACUUUAUACAAGCCUCAGGAGUUUGUUGACUGAACUGCACGUUCUAUAUUGUGCCAAGCAAAAAAGCACUGUGAUACCAGAACAAUGAGUCUGCAUAAACUUCAUCUUCAACCGUAAGGACUUAGCUGGCCACAGUGAGCUGAUGUGCCCACCACCAUGCCACGAGAGAAUGGGUUUACUCUCAUUGCAUCUGCAAGAUACAUUUCAUCUGCUGCUGAAACUGUGUAUGACAAAGCAUCAUUGUAAAUUAUUUCAUAAAAGAUUGUUCACGUUGGGUGGAGAGAGUAUUAAAUAUUUAACAUAGGUUUUGAUUUAUAUGUGUAAUUUUUUAAUGAAAAUGUAACUUUUCUUACAGCACAUCUUUUUUUUGGAUGUGGGACUGAGGUAUAGAAUGUUCUGUUGUAAAGAAUGGAGCAAAUGCUUAAAACAAGGCUAAAAAGAGUAGAAUUAGGGUAUGAUCCUUGUUUUAAGAUUGUAACUCAGAAAAAUAAUAUAAUAAGAAUCAUAGUGCCAUAGAUGGUUCUCAAUUGUAUAGUUAUAUUUGCUGAUACUAUCUCUUGUAAUAUAAACCUGAUAUUGAGCUGAGUUCCUUAUAGAAUUAAUCUUAAUUUUGUAUUUUUCCUGUAAGACAAUAGGCCACGUUAAUUAAACUGAAGAAGGGUGUAUUCUGCUGGGUGUUUUCAACUGUCAGCUUAACAUUGGCAAUGGAAUGGAAGCAAAAUUACAAGAAAAGGAAAUCAAAGUCUUCCAUUGUAAAUACUGUAAAGAGAAGGAGACAUGGGUGAUUCCUUCAAAUCAAAAGCUCUCUUUGGAAUGAACAAUGUGGGUGUUUGUAAAUUCUGGAAAUGUCUUUCUGUUCAUAAUAAACUAGAUACUGUUGAUCUUUUCUUCUCUCCCCUCCCCUCCACUUCUGUAAGCUUCCUGCUCUAUUCCCACCAUUUUUUUCUGUGCACACAUUAUGCUAUUUCAUUUCCUGCAUUGUCUUGAGAAAGAUAGACAAGUGAGUGCUUGCUAACCAAACAUUAAAAUUCCAGAAAGUGU